AUGUCUACUAUGCCCUUCUUCCAACCUUCCAUCCAACCUCUUCCUGCUGACCUGAACUUCCAAGGCCAGACGGUAAUAGUCACAGGCGCUAGUUCAGACUUGGGACUUGAGUUCAGCCGCCAAUAUCUCGUCAGGAAUGCCUCAACCCUUGUUCUGGCCGUUCGCAAUGUGUCCAAAGGCGAAAAGACCAAGGAGACUCUGUUGACUGACCCGGCCAUCUUGAAGUCAAACACAAGAGCCGACAUUCGAGUCAUGCAAUUCGACGCCGAGUCGUAUGAAAGCACCAAGAGAUUUGUGGCGCAGGUCAAACAAGAGCUCAAGCAGGUGCACAUCUUGAUGUUGAACGCCGGCGCCAAUGGCGUCGCCUACGAAGAGACUCGGGAUGGCCAUGAGAAGACUGUGCAAGUCAACUACUUGUCCAACGCGCUGCUGUUCUUUGAGCUUCUGCCUCUCCUGGAGGAGACAGCCAAACAAACAGGGAGCCCGACUCGAGUUUCACUGACAGGGAGUCGCAUGUACGACACCGGCUCGCUCUGCAAAGAACCGGCAUCGACGAUACCACAGCCUAUGCUCAAAUUCCUCGAUGACCCGAAGAACUUCAAGAGCUUCGGUCGUUACGGAGACUCGAAGCUGCUUGUUUUGUUGUUUAUCCACCGGUUGGGCACACUCUAUGGCUCUGAUAAAGUUAUUGUGAAUAACUUUUGCCCUGGCAUGGUCGACACGCCCAUGACCAAGAAUUUGCCUUGGUAUCUUCGCGUUCCAGUCGCUGCAUUGGGCAUCUUGAGGAGAGUCAGGAAGGUAGAACAUGGUGGAUGGGUUGGCUUAAAUGCCGCCGCAGUGGCUGGGCGUAAGUCUCACGGUCAGCUGAUUGGCGACACCAAGAUUGAAAAGGAAGCUCAAUUUCUAACCUCUGAAACCGCGAAGCUGUUCCUAACGAGUGCACAGAAUCGAUGCAUUCUACCAGUCAGACGCCAUGAGAGUUUUAGAAGAGAGGUUGUGGCAAGACAUGAUUGA